UUAGUCUGUACACUAAUACGAAUCGGCAAGUCAAUUAUUUUGGUACAUGUAAACUAGCUUUGAAGUUCGUUGAAGCGAACGCCAUUUUUGCGCCAUUUUACUGCUGGGUUUGGAGAGCGUGGUGGCGGAUCAGCAUUCCCUGUCAAUUAACUUAAUUUAUAAUUUCUCUUAAGUAAUAUUUCAACGUCGAAAGUCCUUUAUUAUAGAAAGAAGCCAUGUCAAACGGUAGUGGAGAUCACGAAGACGAAGGCUAUGUAGUCAAAUUGCGUGGACUUCCAUGGUCCACUACUGUUGAUGAAAUUAUGAAAUUCUUCAGUGACUGUUCUAUCUCAAAUGGUAAAAAUGGUGUUCAUAUGACUAUGUCUCGAGAAGGUCGACCUAGUGGAGAAGCUUAUGUAGAAAUGGACACACCUGAAGAUAUUGAAAAGGCUUGUAAAAGAGAUAGAGAUCAUAUGGGUCAUCGUUAUAUAGAAGUCUUUAAAGCAAAAAGAGGUGAGAUGGAGUGGGUAGUCAAAAGAAGUGGUUUCAAUCUGGAAAAUGCAAUGGAUGAUGCUUGCGUGAGAUUACGUGGUCUACCAUUUGGAUGCUCUAAAGAGGAGAUAGCACAAUUCUUCUCAGGGUUGGAGAUAUUGCCGAACGGGAUUUCACUACCGACAGACUACACGGGCCGCAGUACUGGGGAGGCUUACGUUCAGUUUGUUAACAAAGAUGUUGCGGAGCGCGCUCUGCAGAAACACAAGGAAAAGAUAGGACACAGAUACAUCGAAAUCUUCCGAAGCACUUUGUCUGAAGUACGAGCUAGCAUUGGACCUAAAAUGCGAGGACCAAUGGGCGGUUUUAAUCAAAGACCCGCUCCCUAUGACCGGGGUGCUCGUUUCGGUGGAAUGAACCGCUUUAGCAAUAAUGGCCGAGGUUCUAGAAACAGAGAUUUUGAUGGUGGCCCGUGGGGAGGUAAUAACUUCGACUCACGUGGAGGCGGUAUGGGUAUGCGAGGUGGUAUGGACAUGAAAGGAAAUUUCCGAGGCAAUGGUGAUGCAUGGGGUGGUGGUUCUGGAAUUCAUAGCAUACACAUGCGCGGAUUACCAUUUAAAGCUACAGAACAAGAUAUAGCUGACUUCUUUAGACCCAUUGAGCCAGUAAACGUACGAAUUAUUCUUGAAAAUGGUGGUCGUCCUUCUGGGGAAGCUGACGUCGAAUUUGCUACUCACGAGGAGGCUAUGAAAGCCAUGUCCAAAGAUAAGAGUCACAUGUCUCAUAGGUACAUCGAAUUGUUCCUAAAUUCAACUGGAGGUUCAGGUGGAAUGUCAUUAGGUGGUAUUGGUAACUUCUGCGGAGGUCUGGGCAAUAACUUCAGGCCAGGAUAUUCCCCAAAUAAUAGAGGAUUCGGUUCUCAGUUAGGAGGAAGCAAUUACAAUAGUUUUUGAGGCCGGGUUUCGCGUUUCUUACGCUACCGACGAUAAAGUGUUUCGCAAAUCAAAGUUUUGACACACCGAAUUAUAUCAGCCGAACCUUGUUUUGUAUUGCGUUCAAUUAGACAUUAUUUUACAAAUUACUUACAUAUUACUCGUGAACAAAACAUAAAGAUUAUGUUUCGGUUUUGAUAAAAUGUUCGUGAACGAGUUUGGUAGGUCACAAGUUAUGUUCCAUUUCUUUUUUCAUUUUCAUUCGUUUGUAUAAAAAUUUAUAAUUAUAAAGAAUUUUCUCAAACCAUUGGAGUAAUGUGUAUUUUAAUUUAUAAAUUUGUACAGCUUUAUAAAAGACAUCACACUUUCAUAAAGUAUCGUGAAAAAGAUAUCGUAUAACUUUUAUGACUUACAUUCUUCUGCUUUUACAUAUUGUACAUUGUACGUCUGCUGUUUCAUUAAGAUUUCAUAAAAGUGUUCCAAAUUCUAAUAGUACUAGAAAAUAAGCAUAUUUAUAAAUUAUAUAACAGCUUCAACACCAAGUUAUUGAUAAAUUUAGAGAUAAUGAUUGCAUUCGUACAGGAUAUAAUUAGAUUAUAUUCAAAGGAACCUCAACGAUUAUGGUCCAUUCUGUAAUAUACUAUUCGAAUAAUAAUUCACAGUUACAUUUAUAAAGUUUACGUUAACUUUAAUCAAAUACUAUUAUUCUAAAUGAUACACGUGAUAAGAGUAUAGUUAGGUAAAGGAAAUAUUUAACAAUAUAUACAAAAAUAUGAAAACGAGUAUGAUAAAUGAUUUAAUGUACUUUAAAUACUAUUGGACUAUAUUCCAUUUUCGGCAUUUAAACGAGUAGUUCUGCUUUUAAACGAAUUUCAGUUCUCUCGUAGCGUGUUUAGCUUCACAAGUUUUUUGAAGACAACUUAAACAUAUUUCACUAUGCAUAAGUUAACAAGAAUAGAAUACUCUUUUUUCAUUAUGGAAAUGAAUGUUGUAAACAAUGUGGGGAUGCUUGUAUCCGUUUAGGACCUUAUAUUUUGUACGUGAGAAGGGUCUAUAUUGAAAAGGUAAAAUGUAUCCUUAGAAGUUAUUAACUUGUGCAUGAAAUUACUAGGAAUGGAGUAUGUUUGAUGUGAUUCAUGUUUUAUAAAACGUAACAAUAAAUAUUA